AAGGGAACCCGAAUUCCGUUUAAGGCACCAACACGAAAACCAUCCAUGGCCCAUCGCGGCUCUAUACUAACACUGGAGACAAGACGACGCUCGUCACCAAAGCCCUUGUUCACUGAUGAAGAAAUGAAAAGUUUGGAAGAGCGUUUCUGGAAGACGAAAAAGGGUCGGAAAAAAACUAGCGCGGAAUGGAACGAAUACAUGAAAACCCAGACAAAAAAGGCCAAAAUACGUUUGGAGAAAAUGGAAGAACAGGACACCAGCGCUGCUUUCGUCCCAUCCAUCCAGUCGACUGACAGCAAAGAUGAAGACGGAAGCAUAAUAGUCACGGGUAAAGAGGAAAGAAAGAGGAGCGACCCUGCAAUUGUGCCUACCACUGAGAAAGUUCAAACGAGAAGGAGAUCACUUACUGUUGAAGGCACGAGCAAUAGAACCAAGAUGUCCAGUGUUGUAUCAAACAUAACAAAAAUAAAGAAAACUUUUGUGGACCCUAGACGUCGAAAAGCUACUGAAAUCCCAGCUACACCCGCUGAUACAACUGCAGAAACUACCAAAGAAGAAAUUUUGAUAACUAUACAGCCAAAAGACGACAAUAAAGACAAUAUAGACGACGACGUAGUGAGUGUGACAAGCAGGCUUUCAACCGGCUCAAAGCACAGAAAAAGCACAGCACAAGACAAGAGAAGGGGCUCAACGUCAUCGGUUAAAAGCAAGUCGGGGCGAAGUAGUAUGGUGGUCCACCCGCUCAAAGACGGCACAUCAUUCCUAUCCCAUAAGCCUUACAGACCGGACGAAGACGAGCCCAUUAUGGUUGUGAAAGCAAAGGGUCGGCAUUCAGAAUACAAAGAAAAGACAACUGGAGCCAAAUCACAGCCCAUAAAACAAGGGAAGGCUAUCGGCAGCGUUUCGCCCGGGACUUCAGGGUUAGCUGUUGAGCAGACCGAGAAAGCAGGCAAGCUUCACCCCACUGAUUUAGGUAGACAGCCGUCAAGAGCAGUAACUAAAAGCUCGUCUUCUAUGAAGGGAAGGGAAGUUAAAAUUGGGGCGUUGAGUUCCGGUACUACAGAGCAAGAAGGACAAGAGGAUGUUACACCUGAACAAGUUGUUUAUGGGAAGAAGAAGCCCUUUAAAAAAGUUUCAAAAACUGUGCAAAAAGUUUCAACUAUGGGACGACAAAUAUCUCCAUCUGGGCGCCAGUCUCCAUCAACGCCAGGAGAGGACGGUGCUGCUGAUGAUGCAGAUUUCGAGCUUUUACUAUCGUCUUCUGCUGACCAGCUUUUUCCCCCUACAGAAGCUCCUACUCUUUCUGACGAGUCUGACAAACCGUCUCCUAUGCCAGGAGCUGCGAUCAGAUCAAGCACCCAUUCCCUGUGGAAAUCAAGUAUAAACAAGGUCUUGCUCUUCCACCGACGAAAGAGCGGGGAAGCAGAAGAAGAGCAACCGAAACAGGAGACGGUCCAGGAGGUAACGUCGCGGAAAAAGUACGAAAAGGUCGACCCGGUUUUGGCCAGGGUGGCCAAACGACUUCAGGCCAUGUGGAACACCAGCAAGCUCGGGGUGGAGCAGGAGAAGCCCCGCCGAGGUAGCAAAUGCUACGCGGGCAGAUGGGACGACAAUCCCCCGCAACAGAUAGUACAGGAGCUUAUUGAAGAAGACAAAGCUGAUCAAACCGCAGAUGGCAGCAAAGAGCAGAAGAAACAGCCGAUGGAGUGGAGAAAACUGCAGGACGUUGUGAUGAUUGUUAGCUCAUUGCAAGGACCAGCAAAACCAGGGACAGAUUCGAGAUCGGAGAGUAAGGAGAGGAAGAUAGAUAAAAAGGCGUCAUCCAGUACUAAGAAGGAGAAGGAACAUAAAGAAGACGAUGAUCUUGAUGUAGGAAAGACAGGCAAGAAAAAGACAAAGUCAAAGAAACGCGAAGUCGAAGAAGCAGAUACGAGAAAAGAGAUGAAAGUGUUAUUGAGGCCAAGCGAAAUCGAUAAAAUCAUGGAGGAAAACGUUCCUCUGACGGACGACGAGUACUUGAAGGUCCGCGACAAAGCCUAUGAGAAGAUCACUUCGGGCGAGGCAGACCAGAUGAUGCAGAAAAGCCUCGCUAAACUGGAGGAGAACUCACAGGAGCUGGUGCAAGCGGAGGCCCAGGAGAGAUACAAAGCCGGGGAGUUGAACGACUACAUCGCGGAGAGAAUCGAAGCCGCGAGAUCGGAUAACAUGAUCAGGAUUACAUUCGACGCCUCUGAGAAGUUCGAUAACGGGGAACUAGAAGACUACAUGGCGGAAAGCUUGAACGUGUUUAAGAUGAAAGCGUUGAAAUCGUCGACUAACAUUCGGGUUCACGCCGACGCUGGUAAUGAAGAAGCCGCCAACUAUAUCAACGAGAUCGUGGAGAAAAUGAAAGAGGACGCGCUGGACUUGGUUAUGUCUGAAGCACUGGCUAAAUACAAAGCGAAUGAGUUUAAUUCGUACACGGGGAAAGACGUGGAUGAUUUGUUCGCGGCGAAUAUCGACAAGAUCAAAGAACAAGUUGCGGCUAUGUUCGAGUUCGAGACCGAUCCAGCGGCACUGUUUGAGGAUUUAGAGAAAUGUAAAAUGUUUAAGGUAGAGAAGAUUCUCGAAGAAGCCAAAUCCCAGAUUGUUCAGGGGGCGUUGGAGAGUUACAAGGCGGAUGCUCUAAGCAAACUGGAACCAGAUUUUCUAGCCGAGGCCACGGCGGAGGCGAUCAAGAAAGCCCAAAAGGACGCUAUAGACAGAAUUAAAAACGAAGCGAUCGACAGAUUGAGAGCUGAAGUGUUGGACAAAAUCAAAGCCGAUGCGAUGGAUUUCCUGAGAAAUAUAAAAGAGCAACAAGAAGUCGAGGCCCAACGUGUUGAAAGACAAAGGCCAGUAAUUUUGCCUGAUGCAGCCAUGGAGGAGAAAGAAAGGCAGAAGCGCCAGAAACUCAAAGAACACAUGUCUCAUGAGAACCUGCAGGAAAUGUCCAGAAUCAACGAAGAAAAACCUGACCGCGAAAGUCUGGAAAUCCCGUCCAUCGAUGUUCUACAACUUGAAAAGGAGCUACAGAUGAUACAGUCAUCGAGAACGGAAGAGAAGCUUCUAGAGAAAUCUAAAAAAGAAUUUGAGAUGUACAAGUUCUUUGAGAAGCUGUCCAAUGAAGACAAGAUUUCCCUCGCCGUCACCAAGGAGAUUCAAGAAGCUCGCAACGAAGUUUGGCCGCAAGUUGAUACCAUGGGAAAACCCGAUAAAACGGAUAAAUUUGAAAAACCCGAAAAGUUGGAUAAAUCUGAGAGACGAGACAGCCUCAGAACCAAGCCGGAAGUACCAACUAGCGUAAAGGGACGAAAGGACUCAAAACUAAGCGACGCAAGACCAAGUCAGGAGCUACCUGAACGCUUUAAAACUCCAACGGAAGUCUCAGUCAAACCGAGUCAUGACCUUGCAGACCGUCUAAAAAGUAUAACGGAUGCGGCACUCAGACACUCAACAGAGCUGGAACUAGCCGAACGUCUCAAAAGUGCUCAGGAUGCCUCGUUGAAACUAAGUCAGGAUCUUAUCGAUCGGUUGAAAAGUGCGCCGGAUGCGGUUGUUAAGCCAGGCACGCCUCGUACGGAAUCACCAGCGAAGUCAUUGGAAGGAGAGGCGGCUGAGAGAAGAAAGUCGCACACGGAGUCUGUGUCUAAAAACAUACAGGAGCUGAUGGAACGGCUUAAGACCGAUCUGGAUACGGAAGAAAAGAUCAAGACGAUGCGCGACCUGCAGAAGUUGCUAGAGAAACAUGAACAGGAUAUGAUAGAUCUUGGCAAGCCCGACCUGAUCAAUAAGUAUGAAGACGAGAACAUAAAGAUUUCUACUCAAAUAAAGAAAGAGGUUGAGAAACUCGCUUUACAAAGGACGAAUUCAGAGAUGAUAAUGUUAUCGAAAAAGUUAUCUUUUGACUUGCCUGGACAAGUUCGCGAGAGGAGAAGAAGAGUUUCGGAGCGGGAAGAGCGAGAGAAGUAUAAAAAGAAGAGACGCGAAAUCAGAGAUGACGAGAGUGACGAAGAAGAUGAUGACGAAUUCGACGAAUUCUCCAGCGACUUUGAAAGUUCUAUCGAGAUGUCCAGUUCACCACCUUCAACCCUAUCUGAACUUGAAGCGCUGCAUAUCCCGGUGAAGAAGUCCACCGCGAAAGCGUUGACCCUGAACGUGCCACCCAAGAGGAGAAAGCUGCCCAAGGUGCUGAAGCAGAAGGUACCGACUGAGGAAGAGAGGGAGGCGAUGAGGGCCACGUUCUUGUCGUCGUUGCAGAGGCCGGUGCUGCCCAUGGUCCCCCCGGCGAAGAAACGCCCCGGUCUGCCGGAAUUUUCCGGCUGGGACCUCAACACCGUCCUCGAGCCGCAUAGACUAGACCACCUACCGACGUAUCUCGAGACGGUUCCGACGCUAAUUAAGGCUGCCAAGUUCAAGAGAACGACGGAGGUGGCCAGCCAGAUCAAGUUACGGCCCCAGUGCGCCAUUCAACACCCCCGAAUAGAAGGGGAGAACUAUGCAUCGAGAUUUGGCUUGGUCGAUCUAUUCGAGUUUAUGUUGUUCAACGUGAUACAGCACAGGCCAGCAAAACCACUCGACUACCUGAUUGAAAUGACUCGGACCAUCAUGACGCAGAUGAAGAUCCGGUACAACAUGUCCAACAUCCUCAACACGCAACACUUGUCUGAUCAGUCAUCCUUCAUGACCGCCUCGUCCGGCUUGUCGUACGGCUUGAGCUCGUCGUCGGGGGCGUCGGCGUCGGCGUCGUCGGCUGGUGGAUCUGACUAA